CUCGUUCACAAGUAUCAAAAACUAGUACCAUGGCUACCCAGAAAUCAUUUUCUCUACUCUUAGUCACAUUCACAACUUUGCUUCUUUUGUUAGCAAGAAAUGUGAACUCCGCAAAAGUCCUUUCCUUCAAUUUCACCAAAUUCACCACAGGCUCAUCAAGCAUAACCCUCCAAGGCAAUGCCGAGAUUUUAGCCAAUGGGGUGUUGGCACUGACCAGCCAUACAAAUUCUGCCACAAACAUAGGUCGUGCCUUGUACACAACACCAGUUACCAUAUGGGACGAAACCACUGGCAACGUUGCAAGCUUUGUGAGUUCCAUCUCUUUGGUCUUACGUGACAUCCAAGGUUUUAUGGAAGCUGAUGGAGUUGUCUUCUUUCUUGCUCCUUCAGACACUGUCAUUCCCAACAAUUCAUCUGGUGGGAAACUCGGAAUUGUCGAUCACGGCUACGCUUUCAAUAAUUUCGUGGGUGUAGAGCUUGAUAAUUAUGUAAAUGAUUGGGAUCCUAAUUAUCCGCAUAUUGGAAUUGAUGUCAACUCUUUAAUUUCGUUGAAGACCGUAAAAUUCAAUAGGGUGAGUGGAUCUUUGGUCAAAGUUAGCAUAAUCUAUGACUCUCUUUCUAAGACGUUGAGUGUUUCCGUGACUUACGAGAACAAUCGUAUUGCUACCGUUUCUCAAGUGGUGGAUUUGAAAGCUGUGCUCCCCUCAAGGGUAAGGGUUGGUCUAUCUGCUUCCACGUCAUCUGGUGGCGCUCAGUUACACGAUAUUCAUUCAUGGUCUUUCACUUCCAACUUAGAGACAACUGUCAGCAGUGUCAUGGAGAAUGUGAAUAUUGCUAGCUAUGCAUAAUUUGGUCUACUUGUAUUGUAUGUGUCAAGUGUCUACCUUUUGCUCACCGUAUUUCUAAAUAAAGACCAUGCGAGCCUU